AUGCCGAGGGUACUUCUUUGGCUGCUGCUGGCGGUUCUUCAAUCGACGAGCCGGGCUGGAGUAUUGCGAACCGAGGAUCAGAACUACGAACCGGCGUGCCAGUUGGAUGAUUCACUGCUUCGAGAAAUUCGAGGUUAUCGAACGGUUGUGGAAAAGAUUUUCCAUGAAAUUGUACGCGGGCGUUUCGCUGGGAAGACUUGGGGCAGUCUUGCGGAGCUGACGGAUACGUUUGGUCCUCGUAUGGCUGGGACGGAACAGCUGGAGAAGGCCAUUGAUUAUUCCAUUGAACGUAUGCGUCAAGAUGGUCUCGAAAACGUGCACACGGAGGACGCUCCAGUACCGCAUUGGGUUAGAGGCUAUGAGAGUGCGGUUUUGGUGGAACCGUUUCUCAAAAAGCUUCCCAUUUUGGGAUUGGGGACGUCCGUGGGAACUCCUGAAGGGGGAAUCUCGGCAUAUGCGGUGGUUGUCGAAUCAUUUGAAGAGCUUGAAGCACUGCCUAUGGAAACAGUCGAAGGCAGGAUAGUGGUGUUUGUUCCCGAAUGGGUCAACUAUGGCGUGACUGGCCAGUACCGUAGAGAAGGUGCAUCGGCAGCUGCUAAGAAGGGUGCUGUUGCAGCUUUGAUUCGUUCGGUAACCCCUUUUUCUAUCGGAUCGCCGCACACUGGAGUGCAAGCGUAUGAAGCUGGUGUGACCAAAAUUCCAGUAGCGUCAAUCACAGUAGAAGAUGCGGAAAUGCUUUUGCGUAAAUAUCGUCGAGGAGAGACUUUGAAGCUACAUUUAGUGAUGGAGGAUUACAACCUGGAUCCGUUCGUUUCGCGAAAUGCAAUAGGGGAACUUGUGGGAACGGUCUAUUCAAACACAUCAGUCGUAGUUGUGUCAGGUCAUUUGGACAGCUGGGAUGUAGGCGUAGGAGCAAUGGACGAUGCUGGAGGUGUCAUGAUUUCGUGGAAAGCAUUGACGUAUUUGAAAGCCAUGGGUUUAAGACCCAGACGGACAAUUCGUGCCAUACUCUGGACUGGAGAAGAGCAAGGAACUUGGGGUGGCAAACAAUACUACGAAGAUCAUAGGGAACAUCAGGAGGACGAAUUCAAUUUCUUUUUUGAGUCAGAUUCCGGUACAUUCAACCCAAUCGGAUACGAGUUUGUUGGGAACGAACAAGCCGGCUGCAUAUUCGAGGAAAUUGUGAAGUUGAUGGCACCGUUAAAUAUCACCAACUUUAGGACAACAAGUGGCGCGGGACCAGAUAUCUCCUAUUGGAUUGACGAUGGUUUUCCGGCCGCUACCUUCAUGCAUGAAAAUGACAGGUAUUUUUGGUUCCAUCACACCGAAGGUGACAGCAUGCUAGUGGAAAAUUCAGAGAACUUGGACAAAUGCACUGCAAUUUGGGCGGCUGCAGCUUACGUUGUGGCUGACUUGAGCGUUCCAAUACCGAGAUCUUUGUCUCGUCGAACUGGGAGGAACACAACAGAGAGCUUUUCGAGUGAUAUAUAA